CGGCGCUGCGGUUGAGGGACGGUUGUGGCGGUUUGUGAGGCGGUUGGCCCGAGUCUGAGGUAGUUGUGGUGGCGUCUCCACACACCAUGAAGUUUAAGGAGACAAAAUCAGGGCCAAAGUCACCAACCUAUGGCAAAUUUCAGACAAAGGGAAUCAAAGUUGUAGGAAAAUGGAAGCAGGUGAAGAUUGACCCAAAUAUGUUUGUAGACGGACAGAUGGAUGACUUGGUGUGCUUUGAGGAACUGACAGAUUACCAGUUGGUCUCCCCUGCUAAGAAUCCCUCCUGUCUUUUCUCAAAAGAGGAGCCCAAGAAGAGAAAGGCACAAGCUGCUUCAGAAGAAGAGGAGGAAGGAGAGUGUAGCUCCCCAAAGAAAAAGAUCAAGUUGAGGAACAGUAAAGAUAUGGAUACUGAAGUAACCAGUACCCAGAAAGAGUUUGAAGUCAAAGAUGCUGAACCAGAGCCCCAGAGAGAUGACACCAUUUGUCCUGAUCCAGAGGUAGGAGAGAUGGCAUCAGGAAGCCUGGUCCACAUUGAUCCAAAAAAGAAGAAAAAGAAAGGGGAAAAAAAAUUGGAGUCUUCCCAGAGCACUGCCUCUAAAGUGCCCCAAAAAGCAAAGACAUGGGUGCCUGAAGUGCAUGACCAGAAGGCAAACGUGUCAGCUUGGAAGAACCUGUUUGUGCCCAAGCCAGUUCUCCGAGCACUCAGCUUUCUAGGCUUUUCUGCACCCACACCAAUCCAAGCCCUGACCUUGGCACCUGCCAUCCGAGACAAAUUGGACAUCCUUGGGGCCGCUGAGACAGGAAGUGGGAAAACUCUUGCCUUUGCCAUCCCAAUGAUUCAUGCAGUGUUGCAGUGGCAGGAGAAGAGGAAGUCUGCCCCUUUUCCAAGUAACAGCAAAGAGCCACCUGGAGAGACCAGAACCGGAGCCAAAGCUGAGACUGAACCACAAAGCAAGGCCAAAACUGAGUCUGGAGUGUUGCCCAAUGAGACUGGAAUUGAGAAUGAAGCACUGCUUGCUAAGGCAAGUGCACCGUCCAGUAAGGCCAGAGCCAAGACCGGUGCCACUAUCUCAGACCAGGCACUGCUCUUCUGUGAUGAUGAUGCUGGUGAAGGGCCUUCUUCCCUGAUAAAGGAGAAGCCUGUCCCCAAACAGAAUGAAGAUGAAGAUGAAAAGGUUGAUGAAGAUAAAAAGUUUAAUGAAGAGCAGACUGGAAAGUUAAAACAAGAGUUGAGUAGCAGAAUUGCCACCUCUCUAGCGCAUCCAAAGAAUCCUCUGCUUGGACUAGUUCUGACUCCCACUCGAGAGCUGGCUGUCCAGGUCAAACAACACAUUGAUGCCGUGGCCAAGUUUACAGGAAUUAAAACUGCUAUUUUGGUUGGUGGAAUGUCCACACAGAAACAGCAAAGGAUGCUGAACCGCCAUCCUGAGAUUGUGGUUGCCACUCCAGGCCGGCUGUGGGAGCUAAUUAAAGAAAAGCACUCUUAUUUGAGCAACCUUCGGCAGCUCAGGUGCCUGGUAGUGGAUGAGGCUGACCGGAUGGUUGAGAAAGGCCAUUUUGCUGAGCUCUCACAGCUGCUAGAGAUGCUAAAUGACUCCCAGUACAACCCAAAGAGACAGACGCUUGUUUUUUCUGCCACACUGACCCUGGUGCACCAAGCUCCUGCCCGAAUCCUUCAUAAGAAGCACACCAAGAAAAUGGACAAAACUGCCAAACUUGACCUCCUCAUGCAGAAGAUUGGCAUGAGGGGCAAGCCCAAGGUCAUUGACCUCACUAGGAAUGAGGCUACAGUGGAGGCGCUGACAGAGACCAAGAUCCAUUGCGAGACUGAUGAGAAAGACUUCUAUCUGUACUACUUUCUGAUGCAGUAUCCAGGCCGCAGCUUAGUGUUUGCCAACAGCAUUUCCUGCAUCAAACGCCUCUCUGGGCUCCUCAAAGUCCUGGAUAUCAUGCCGUUGACCCUACAUGCCUGCAUGCACCAGAAGCAGAGGCUCAGAAACCUGGAGCAAUUUGCCCGCCUGGAAGACUGUGUUCUCUUGGCAACAGAUGUGGCCGCUCGGGGUUUGGAUAUUCCUAAAGUCCAGCAUGUCAUCCAUUACCAGGUCCCUCGCACCUCAGAGAUUUAUGUCCACCGAAGUGGUCGAACGGCUCGAGCCACCAAUGAAGGCCUCAGCCUGAUGCUGAUUGGGCCUGAGGAUGUGAUCAACUUUAAGAAGAUUUAUAAAACCCUCAAGAAAGAUGAGGACAUCCCACUAUUCCCUGUGCAAACAAAGUACAUGGAUGCAAUCAAGGAGCGAAUUCGUUUAGCUCGACAGAUUGAGAAAGCUGAGUAUCGAAAUUUCCAGGCUUGUCUGCACAACUCUUGGAUCGAGCAGGCAGCAGCUGCUUUCGAGAUUGAGCUAGAAGAAGAGAUGUAUAAGGGAGGCAAAGCUGACCAACAAGAAGAACGUCAGAGACAGAAGCAGAUGAAGAUACUGAAGAAGGAGCUCCGCCAUCUGCUCUCCCAACCGUUGUUUAAAGAGGACCUGAAAACCAAGUAUCCAACUCAGUCUGGCAAGCUGCCCCUGCUCAUGUCAGCCCCAAGGAAUGGCAAGUCUGCUUUGAGCUGCCUUUCCAAACAGAAGAAGAAACAGCCAAACGAGCAGCAGAAAGAACACCCACAACCAAGUACAAGUGCAAAUUAACUGCCUCUGGUCAGUGUGUUGGUGACCAAACAGUGGUGUCUGUUCUCUGGUUAUAUUUGAGAGCCUUUUUCCCACCCUUGCAUUUAACUCCACCAUCAACCCCAGUUAGAAAAAUUUCCCUCUCUUCCACCUCACCCCCAUAAUGGAAGAGACCUUAUGCAGAUUUGCAUUAUUUUGGAGUAGGAAUUCUAUGAAGCAGCUUAAUAUUUCUGUAUUUCAGUGUUCAUAGCUUCGUGUGUGUUUAACUUGAUUUCCUAAAUUAAAAACAAUGGUUAGAA